AUGGUUUCCCAACUCCAGCCCGUUCCAAUAGACGACUUGGCUAAAAUCGCCACAGAGACAUGCGACAAAGUCUUAGCAGAUAUCGAAUCCUACGAUCACGAAAAGGUCAGCGACUGGAGCUCUAAAAUCAUUAACCAAGUUCUCCAAACCCUCAUAUCAGCAACCACUUCGUCACCCGACAGCAGCAGCACCACCACCACCACUCCUCCCUCAGAACCCCAAAAGCUAUCUUACCGUUUUAACGUCAACUGCACUAUUAUCCAGCAAGGCCUCACACACGAAUCUGGCGCAAAGCCAAGCUCCGUCGAGGAAACUGGCCGCCGGGGCAUGCACGCCGCUUCCGGCGCCUACUGGGACGUCAAGCGGGAUGGGAUGUGGACCUAUAAAUACCCCAAUGGGGCAGAUAAAGGGUUAGAUUUGGUAUUAAAUGUGGUUUGGUUUGGUGUUUGA